AUCGCCAUUUUCUGCGAAACCAGAGCGGAGUGGAUGAUAACUGCCCAGGCAUGCUUCAGGCACAACUUCCCAUUGGUGACGUUCUACGCUACGCUGGGAGAAGAUGCGAUUGCGCACGGACUCAACGAAACUGGAGUCACUCACUUGGUCACCAGCAUGGAGCUGCUCGAAAGCAAACUUAAAAAAGUACUACCRCAGAUCUCCAAACUGAAGCACAUCAUCUACGUGGACGAGAAGAAGGUGAACACAGAAGGCUACCCAGAAGGACUUUCCAUCCACAGCAUGAAGGCGGUGCUGGACCUGGGCGUCCUGCCGGAGAAUGCGAAGAGAGAAAUUGUGACGCCGCAGCCCUCCGAUCUGGCYGUGGUGAUGUACACCAGCGGUUCCACAGGCAGACCCAAAGGGGUCAUGAUAGUCCACAGCAACCUGAUCGCAGGGAUGACAGGCCAGUGUGAACGCAUCCCUGGACUUGGACCUGAUGAUACUUACAUUGCAUAUCUGCCCCUGGCUCAUGUUCUGGAAAUGACGGCGGAAAUCUCUUGUGUAACAUACGGCUGCCGGAUUGGUUACUCAUCCCCCCAGACUUUGUCAGAUCAGUCCACCAGAAUAAAGAAAGGAAGUAAAGGAGACUGCUCUGUCCUCAAACCCACUCUGAUGGCAGCAGUGCCGGAAAUCAUGGAUCGCAUCAACAAGAAUGUAAUGAGCAAAGUUCAGGAAAUGAGCUACCUUCAGAAGACACUGUUUACUCUGGGCUACAAAUACAAACUGGAGCAGGUCAAGAGGGGCCAUGACGCACCUCUCUGCAACAAGUUGCUGUUUCGGAAAGURAAGAAACUACUGGGUGGGCGAGUCAGGAUGAUGUUGUCCGGCGGAGCUCCCCUGUCCUCGGCCACUCAGAGGUUCAUGAACGUGUGCUUCUGUUGUCCGGUGGGCCAGGGCUACGGCCUCACCGAAACCUGUGGAGCCGGUACCAUCACUGAAGUCGCAGACAUCAGCACCGGCCGUGUUGGAGCUCCUCUGAUUUGCUGCGAGAUCAAGCUCAGAGACUGGACUGAAGGGGGCUACACCAGCAAAGACGAGCCUCAUCCAAGAGGGGAAAUCCUGAUUGGCGGUCCCAACGUUACCAUGGGUUACUUCGGGCAAGACGGCAACGAUCAGGACUUCUUUACGGACGAGAACGGUCAGAGGUGGUUCUGCACCGGAGACAUUGGAGAGGUUUACCCGGAUGGCUGUCUGAUGAUUGUAGAUCGCAAAAAAGAUUUGGUGAAGCUGCAGGCGGGGGAGUACGUGUCUCUCGGUAAAGUGGAAUCUGCUCUGAAAACCUGCGCUCUCAUCGACAACAUCUGUGCUUACGCCAACAGGUGAGCUACAGAUCUGAUGUGUGCUGAUAUGAAACAUUAUGUACCAGAGGGCUGCUAACAAGA